GGCGACCUCCCAGCUUGUUGUUUACUUCCGGGUUACAAACACGUCUCGCGUGUAACUGCAUCGAAUGACAGGGAAUGUGUUAAUUGUGAUCAGAUGCGACUGAUAGAUGCGUUUACAUAUUGUCGACAUUGAACCAGAUGAUGUGGGCGUAUAAUAUACGAAAGACAUUAACAUGGACGUCAUUGACGUGAUACAAGAUGUGUUAUGUUUAUCUCUUCUCGGGACCGAACUCUUGGACAUGGCCGACGACCUCUCGCAUUUGUUGUACUCCUUCGCUAAUUAUUCCAACCACUAUGCAAUCAUCACCGUUCUCUUGUGCUUCGUGGCAACGGCAGUGCUGAUAUUAAGAUUCAACAAUGACUUGCUGCACUUCCCGAUGCUGCCACCGUCACCCCCCAACACUGCAGUUAAGAUGCCCAUGAGGGGAUUCACAAACCCUUUCUCCAUCACACUCAAAGAUGCUGCCACAACAACACUGAAAGAUGGCUUUUCACUGUCGGUUUCAUCUCUGACCGAGGGGCACUUGUCAGUGUUCUGGGGCACAAGUAUCAAUACUGUCCAUGAAGUACUGCAGUGGUCACCUGAGACAAUACUGAAAGACUUGAACGGUGGUCACCUCCUCCAAGGGGAGGAGAGUCUUCAUUCUCAACAGAACAUCAGACUCGAGAAACAUGGCGUGCUCCGCUUCCAGUGCCCGGGGGACGUCAGUGAGGUAACCCUCGGACAUCCUCCCCGCCAGAGAUAUCCGUGUGUGGUGAUAGCAGCGACCUCUGGUGGUGACCUCGGAACUCCUGCCGUGGUGGCUAGUUUCACUAUGCUACAUCUGCGUGACUCGGUGGUGACGAUGGACUCGCAGUCUGUGGGGCAGUACCUCAAACUCAGUGAUGGCAGAGUCUUCAAUUUGCAGGCUUUGUAUCUUGCAACAGACAAUGAGGAUCCUUCACUUUCAACUAGCUCACCGACCAGCCCACAGACCAGCACACAGACCAGCCCACAGACCAGCCCACAGACCAACCCACAGACCAGCACACAGACCAGCCCACAGACCAGCACACAGACCAGCACACAGACCAGCCCACAGACCAGCCCACAGACCAGCACACAGACCAGCACACAGACCAGCCCACAGACCAGCCCACAGACCACCCCACAGACCACCCCACAGACCAGCACACAGACCAGCACACACCAUGGACAGUUAUCCUGUAGUCUGAAAGACACAGUACUUAAUCCUUCAGUGGAACCAUGUCUUUCAUGUAGUCAAGCAGAGGUGUCAGACAUUACGAAUCUGGAUGGUUCUGGCCGUGAAGAAAAUGAGACAACACUUUCUGAAAAAUCAGAACACUUGACACCUUGUAGAAAUAAACAUAAUAGUAGUUGUGACAGUAGUAGUACCGAAGUGCAGUCAGUGUUUGUGUCAAGCUCCAUGGAGGGAGGAGGGGAAUCUUCCAAAACUGACACCGAGCAACGGCAAUCUAUAACAGCAGAUGAUUCCGAUAUUGAACCAAGAGUCAGUACAGAACUGUCGACAGAAGCAAGUGAAAAUGAUCGCUCGACGGUAUCGUCCUCAACGUCAGACAUGGAUGGGGAUGGACAUGAAUGUGUGGUUUGCCAAAUGAACCCGAUAUCCCAUGUGAUCCUGCCCUGUCGUCACGCGUGCGCGUGUAGUAUGUGCUUCAAGAAGAUUGACCGGUGUCCCAUGUGUCGCGGGUUCAUCGGUACCUACUUUACUUUGUUUGAUGAUGAGCUGUGUGGGGAGGUCAGCCCGGUGCAGGAGGAGGCUGGGGCUGAACAGACUGGGUUUGUGGCUUGGAUUGGCAACAUGAAUGACAGGCUGAACGAGUACCUGGGAUUUACCUAGAGUUGACUUGUUGCAAGCUGAACCAGUACGUCGGACUUGCCUGAGUUGGCUUGUUGCAAGCUGAACCAGUACGUCAGACAUGCCUGAGUUGACUUGUUGCAAGCUGAACCAGUAGGUCGGACUUGCCUGAGUUGACUUGUUGCAAGCUGAACCAGUAGGUCGGACUUGCCUGAGUUGACUUUUUGCAAGCUGAACCAGUACGUCGGACUUGCCUGAGUUGACUUGUUGCAAGCUGAACCAGUACGUCAGACUUGCCUGAGUUGACUUGUUGCAAGCUGAACCAGUACGUCGGACUUGCCUGAGUUGACUUGUUGCAAGCUGAACCAGUACGUCGGACUUGCCUGAGUUGACUUGAAAUAAGAUAUGAAUCCUAUUAAUAUUUUGUGUCCCAUCGCUGGAGAGUUCCAAAUGUGCAUGGUAGAUUAAAAGACCCUGGAUUGAUCUUUACCUUGGAAUCAAUGCAAUGAAUUGAUUUUGUCAGUUCGAUUAUUCAGGUGAUGUGAAACAUUAUUACCAUUAUUAUUAUGAAAUGGAGCCUGGUCCAAUCUCCUCAACAUGGGUGCUGAGUCCAGCGAGUGUGAUCAGACAUUGAAUGAUUGGGCAUCUGGGAAGUCUUCACUGUUCACAUGAUUAAUCACCAAUUUGUGUGACUCUUAAUCACCAGUUCGUGCGCUUUGGGUUAAAUUUCUGCCUGCACUCAUGUAUAACAACCUCUUUGCUGACAAAACAAAACAUACACUUGCCUCUUUGGUCAGUCUUCGUUGCUGAUAUUUGAGAAUGACAGAGAAGUCAUGGUUGUGGGUGUGGUGUGGGUGGUUUCCAUGGCUACUGGCCAGUGAUCUCAACUUUGCUCUUCUUGGGGAUGUAUGGAAAUAUUGCUGGGAUACACUAUGUCAAAUUCCUGCCAUUUGCUAUUUCUUGUUCAUUGCAGCAGAGCAUUUUAUAAUGUUGUGUCAGUCAUCUGGUUUGAAACUAGUCAUGCUGCCAUGUCAACAGUGGUUGUAAAGGGAGACAACUCUUUCAAACUCUGCUGUGAUGAGUCCUGCAGAUAUUUUUUAUAUGCCGUAUUCGACGUAAUAAGCACCCAGGGCGCUCUCAAAAUUAGAAAUAGGGGCCUCUAUUUAGAAUAUAGUGUGGGUGAAAAAAAAACAGAGUUGAAAGAUAAUAAAUUUCGUGGUUUAUGCUGACAGCCUGAAAUGAUACAAAAGAAAAGUCUGUGUGUAUUAUACACGACAGAUAUAUUUUCGAGAAUUUAGUUGCCCGUAAUAAAGGGUGGAUAUCACACACUAAUGCGUAUUAUACAUGAAUAAAUAAGUCUUGUGUACAUUGAUUAAUCGGAAGGGGUGCUAAUUGUGAUUGUUCAUUAGCCAAUAUAUAUAUAUAUUUAUAAGCAAAACUGUCGUGGGUGAUUAUUAGAGCAGGGUGCUUAUCACAUUGAAUACGGUGUGUAUGUUCUGUUAUUGUUUUGUCAACUGUGACUGUCGAAGCUUUUGCAUGUCUUCAAAAGAUUGUUGAGGAAAUAAGACAUGAAUGAGUAGUUCCAUCAGCAGACCAUUACAAAAUUCAUGCCUCAGUAGUUUGUUUGAAACUGACAAAACAUCUAAUCAAAUUAUUCAUCAGCUGUUUUCACUUUUUAAAUAGCUAAUGACACUGAUAUGCCAAAAAUCUAUUUUCAAGGUAAAAAACGAAGGUUUUAUUUAUUUGUUGUUUUCAUUACAUUGUUUUGUUGUUCAUUUUAAGAAGUUGUGUUUUCUUUUAAAGCAACAUUGCUGUUAGCAACGACUCAGGUAUUGAUCUUUUUUCACAGCAGGAAGUAUAUCUUAUCAGAUGCAGUGUUUUUGUUUGGUAAAAUGUUUUUAAAGAAAUAUGAAAUGCUUUGAAAAUGUUAUGAACACACAAUGCCAUUUAGAAAGUGGUCAAAUGUAACAAAUAUCAUAUUUGGGAUAACACUUUCUUUGUAAAGUACAGAUU